AUGGCUUCCAGCAACACCGCCACGCUCGACGCCCAGAACGGCAACACCUACCAGGCUCCGGCGACGCAGCCCGUAUCCAGGGCCGCCGAAAGCACCGUCGGCGGCGGCGACGCGGCGACGACGCACAGCGGCGGCGUCGGACAGCAGAUCAAGGGCGCCUUCGCCCAGGGACACGGCGUCGGGGAAGUGCUCCGCGGCAAGUUCAACUCGGCCGUCGACACGGCGGCGGGCGACCCGCAGGGCCAGGCGAAGAACAAGAACGUCGCCACAGGCGGCGAGAGGGAGUUUGCGACCAAGGGUUUCGUGAAGAAGGGGACUCUGGACAAGGCGUUGUGA